CGUCUGUUGAGGACACCGACAUACAGCACCCGAAAGCAUGUCAAGUCCGAGUCUGGCCUCUCAGCUGCACUCUAUACUAAUAUCACACUUGACUCGACAUCCGAGCUUGAACAUACCGUUCCAACAUGACUAUGCUCCCCCGAAUCUCACUGGAAAGGGCAAAGCGAGAGAGACGAACGUCAGCUCUCAGAUCAGUUCACUACAGCAGGUAGCGGAAGCCCUACUCGCAGCUCGAAAGAUUCUGGGUGGAAUCAAAGGCGACGAAGCGGCCAUCAAGCUAAGCUUGGCCCUGCGCGAGAUCUGUGAGCAGGAAACAGGUCUUCUCGCCUUAGAAGAAGCCAUGGCAUCCAGUGCUCCGUCUUUUGCGAGCGGUGCUUCUUUGGUCUCACCCUUGACGGAGCUGUCGUCGUCGGAACUGCUCAAGCGUAUUGCGACCAAAGUCGACAUUCAGACAUACGUCGAGGACUCGCAGUUUGGACUCUUCAAACAAUCCAUGACUCUUGCUGGAGAAGCAUUCGUCGUCGACAUAGAUCUUGAAACGGAUGCGAUGCCCGGGAACGAAGAAGAUGACGACAUUUCACUGGACGGGAGACCAUCUUCCAGCGCUCCAGAGGAUCAAAUCCGCGGCGGCAUCAGACUGAGUAAACUUACGGCAAAUCAUGUCCAUGGUGACUCAACCGGCAGAAGUGAUUGGAUCGCCAAAGUGCUUAAAAGUCGGAUUGAGCAGUAUCUUUCUGCGUGGAAUAUGUCGUCACGUAGCUCCGAGAUCGCGAAUCUGACUGCCACGCAAGACAGCAUCAUCCUUCUCGAAAAAGAAUUCAGUGACCUCAAGAUCCUGGACAAGCUCGCGAAAGCAGAUGAGAGGCAACAAUGGUUUCCCGAACUCGAGAGGGUAGUGUCUGAGCUGGAAUCGAUGGUAAAAUCCUCCGGAUCAUACAACCUCGCAGACACUUUGUUUCCGACGAUCGUCUUCGCGGGAAAUGCCAGUCUUCCUGUGCAGUUCUGUCUGAAGCCCUCAACUUCACGCGCACCUCAGCAAGAAGCUGUGGUUGAUCCAUGGACGGCGGCAGACUGGGUUCUACAGUAUGUCGCAAGGAGCAGUUCCAUCGCAGAAGGAGUGGUGGUCAGGAGAUUAUGGCUACAGAAUGAUGCCGGAAAUGCCAAGAUCUCCAGCUGGGAUGGUUCAAUGCGGGUGGAACAAUUGCUCACACGCCUCGAAGGCGAUCGAGCAGGUCGCACUUCCACCUUUGCCUACGCGUCCGACUUUGUGCAUCAUCUGACAUCCGAAGGUCAACAAAAAGGAUAUCAGCAGCGAUACAGCAUGUCAGAGCCUGGACCCAUUGGUCUGAUUGUUGGCCAAGUCCCUGUCUCACGCUCACAGCGGGACCUUGCAGGCAAGCUUGACCAACUACAUCUGCAAAUCAUCCUGAAUUCAUGGUUCAUAAGUGCCUUUGCGCCUGACGCGCUGGAACGAAUGUCUUCCGAACCUGAGGCUUUCGUCGAUGAAGAUCUUUCGCUAGACUCCGCCGCUGUCCCUAUAACGGUACGGCUUGGCGAGAGGUCAAUGGGUCUAAGCAUGCCUCUCAUUCUGAGGGACUCUUGCCCAAUCAUCGUCCUGACUUUGCACCCUACCACAGAAUUGCCAUUCGCUCACCUCGAGGGUAGGGUCGAGGGAGAAGAGUCGGAAAUCUCAUCACAAAGGUUGAAGCAUGUCAUAGAUACACUUGACGUCGCCCAACCGCGACUGAAUCUCGUCAGUCUUGUCGACCAGAUCCUAUCUGGCAUGAGAGAACCAUCAACGAGCAGUUAGCCCAUUCAAUGUAUCGAAUAGGACAGAGGUCUCUGUAACAAUGUUAUGAAAAAUAAG